UCCUUCACUCAGCCAAUCAGAGAAUGAGCAGCAGUCAGUUAAUGCCACUGUGUACGUGUAAAUGUGUGAGUUGUGUCUCAUACUCUCAUCCAUUCAAGCUCAGCAGACUACAGAGGAGGACGACACUUGGACAGCCACCUUCCCAAAAAGACAUUUCAUCCACACACGUAUUCAACCGUCUCCCGGCAUGUCCUCCCAAUAUAAAAUCAUCUCUUUGGUGAAUUGCCUGUUACUCCUGACUGUGAUGCUCCCGGCGGUCCAGUCGCGUCGGGGUGGAGGCUUCGGCCGUGGCGGGGGUCGAGGUGGAGGAUGGGGCGGCAGCAGCUCUGGUCGUGCGGGCUGGGGAGGAGGAGGCGGAGGUGGAGGAGGGCAUUACCAUGCCCCACCUGUUCACACCGGAGGCUCCUCGGGACACAGCACUGGGAGGGUAGCAGGAGCGGCAGCCGCUGGAGCUCUGGGGGGAAUGCUGGUCGGCCACGGCUUGAGCUCAAUGGCUCGACCCGGAUACGGGUACGGGCACGGAGGGUAUGGAGGGUACGGAGGCUAUGGCGCUGGGUAUGGGCACGGGCACGGACACGGGCAUGGACACGGGCAUUCAGGAGAUCAUAACGAGACAGAUGUGGAUUACUACACGGGUGCUGCCAGUGCCGGACCCCUUUAUAACUGCGUGACAGUCUUGGGACUCGUGAUGUCUUUCUUACUUGGGUACUUUCUGUCAUAAAGGGCAAUUUUGGCAAUUGGCACAGGUCAUUCUUGGGCACCUUUUUGCAUCUGUCAAUAAAACAUAGUCUUACUAAAUAAAAAUGUGUGACAUGCAGUGUUAAAUCACGGACUAAAUGCAAUCAAACAGCACUAUCAAGGAUUUCUGCCCAAGAAACAGACCACAUCCAUUUACAUUGUUUGCUGUAUUUUGGCUUGGAAGCGAGUUAUGAUGAGCACAAGCUUGAAAUCAGAAGUUUGGACAUUAUUUAAACAUCAGAUCGAUGUUUAUUUUUUUUAAUGAACAAUGUAGAUUUUUCAUCAUUUAGUUUCCUUGAAUAAUUGAAUUUUGUAAAAUUUUAAAUAAUUUUGUAAAAUUGUUUAAAUAUAUAUGCUAAAGGGUUGGUAGUUUAUUAUCUAAUGAGUCUUUCAGAGCACCAUAUGUAUAUAUAUCCUGUAUAUUAUUGUUUGUUUAGUUCUCUACUCAGCCUUUUCAAACUUCUCAAUGUUUUAAUCUGUUUGUUCUUGCCAUUUACGUCAGCAACAUUCAAAAUAAAACAAGGCUUAUGGUGAAAUCACAUUAACAAUAAUAAGCUUGAUGAAGUGUGUCGAGUCAAGAGCAAAUCUUGUUAAAGGGGGUCGGGCGCAUUCUACCUCACUUCCUCAUGCUCUUUUCCAACCAGUUGAUUGGCUUAAACCAAUAAGAUUGAAUUACGUUCGCUUGUACACCUUCUUAGAUCCGUUUAUCAGUAUGUAUGUUUAUUUUUGUACUUCUAAAAUAAAUGAAAUAUACUUCCUACAAUA